GUUGCUGUUAAACAGUUAGACAAAAAUGGUCUUCAGGGGAAUAGAGAAUUCCUUGUGGAGGUUCUCAUGCUCAGUCUUCUACAUCACCCUAACCUUGUGAAUCUCAUCGGAUACUGUGCAGAUGGGGAUCAGCGCCUCCUUGUUUAUGAAUUUAUGCCAUUGGGAUCAUUGGAAGAUCACCUUCACUAUCUUCCCCCUGAUAAGGAACCACUAGAUUGGAACACUAGGAUGAAAAUAGCUGCGGGUGCUGCAAAAGGAUUAGAAUACCUGCAUGAUAAGGCAAAUCCUCCUGUCAUUUAUAGAGACUUCAAGUCAUCUAACAUAUUACUUGAUGAAGGAUACCACCCAAAGCUUUCUGACUUUGGUCUUGCAAAACUUGGUCCUGUUGGUGACAAAUCACAUGUUUCUACACGUGUCAUGGGAACUUAUGGUUACUGUGCUCCUGAGUACGCAAUGACUGGUCAACUAACUGUGAAGUCAGAUGUAUAUAGUUUUGGGGUGGUCUUCUUAGAGCUGAUCACUGGCCGUAAAGCAAUUGACAGCAGCCAGCCCCAUGGAGAACAAAACCUUGUCACAUGGGCACGUCCAUUGUUUAAUGACCGCAGGAAGUUUUCAAAGUUGGCUGAUCCAAAUAUGCAGGGACGGUUUCCCAUGCGGGGUCUUUACCAGGCUCUGGCUGUGGCUUCAAUGUGCAUUCAAGAAUCGGCUGCCACUCGUCCUCUGAUUGGAGAUGUGGUGACAGCCCUCUCAUAUCUGGCCAACCAAGCAUAUGACCCCAGCAAUGCUGGGCAUGGUCAUAGAGGGUCUAGUGAUGAUAAAAGGAACAGAGAUGAUAAAGGUGGAAGAAUAUUGAAAAAUGAUGAAGCAGGAGGAUCUGGACGCAGAUGGGAUUUGGAAGGAUCCGAGAAAGAUGACUCCGCACGAGAAUAUUUAUUAAGCAGAAGUCCAAGAAACAAAACAAAACUAGGCUACCAGCCUAGACCUCAAGAUCCCUAA